AUGGAAGUUAUGAAAGUGCUGCACAUGAACGGAGGACGGGGCGUUACAGGAAUGGGAGACUCAAGUUAUGCAAACUACUCCCUAGUUCAGCAAAAGGUCAUAACUAUGACCAAGCCCAUCACAGAGAAUGCCAUAACCCAACUCUACUACAGCACGUUGCCAAAGAACCUAGUUAUCGCAGACUUGGGUUGUUCUUCCGGACCAAACACUUUGUUUGUAGUUUCUGAACUUAUCAAGGUAGUGGAUCAGCUUCGCCGAAAAUCAGGGCAUGAUCAAUCACCUGAAUAUCAAGUUUUCUUGAACGACCUUCCCGGAAACGACUUCAAUACCAUUUUCAAGUCGUUGCCAAGCUUCCAGAAAAAAAUGCGCAAUCAAUUGGGGGCUGGUGCAGGUCCAUGCUUCUUUACAGGAGUUCCUGGUUCUUUCUACGGCAGGCUUUUCCCAAGCAAAACUCUGCAUUUUGUCCAUUCUUCUUAUAGCCUCCAAUGGCUAUCUAAGGUUCCUGAGAUGGUGGAGAGCAACAAAGGGAACAUUUACAUGGCACAGACAAGCCCGCCAAGCGUACUAAGGGCUUACCAUGCACAGUUUCAAGCAGAUUUCUCAAUGUUUCUGGAGUGUCGUGCAGAAGAGUUGGUACUAGGUGGACGAAUGGUUUUAACAUUUUUGGGAAGAAGAAGUGAAGAUCCAUCAAGCAAAGAGUGUUGUUACAUAUGGGAACUUUUGGCUAUUGUACUCAAUGAAAUGGUCUCCAAGGGACUCAUAGAAGAAGAAAAAAUGGAUUUUUUCAACAUUCCUCACUACACACCAUCUCCAUCAGAAGUGAAAUCCGAAGUUCAGAAAGAAUGA